CAGCCAGAGGAACACAGUCUGGGCACAUGUGAAUGGCAUAACUUUCAGUUUUCAGUUUUGGAAGUCUGAGGGAGUGAACAAAUGUGCCUGCAAGGAUCUUUGUCUUUAAGGUUAUUUUGAAGCUCGUUACAAGACCUUCAUGAUGGACCAGACUGCCCAAGUAUGGCACGUGCCUGUCGGCCCUAUGGAAGAUGCCGGACCCCUGCAGAAGAAGAUCUCCAUAGCCAACCAGCCAGAGUGCUCCAUCUGCUACAACAGUUACGACAAUGUAUUCAAGACGCCCAAACUCCUGGACUGCACCCAUACCUUCUGCUUGGAGUGCCUGUCCCGUCUGAUGGCUGUGUCUGUUGACCAAGGUGACGUAAGGGGUGGCACAUAUCUUUCAUGUCCGUUCUGCCGUCACCCCACCAAGCUCACUGAGGCAGGACCCCCAGCUUUAGCCACGAGCCGUGAAGUUCUCAGCACGUUACCUGCUCACCUACAACAAGAGGAGCCAGUGUGGAUGGAAGGACAAAAACUGUGCUAUGAAAGACGGGACUCUUCCAAUGGGGAGCCAGAUAGCCCCCCUGCGUUCUGUAUUUGUAUUGACAUUGGGGCAAGUAAAUCUGUGGACAUCCCACCACAAGCCCAGACCUGGCAAAUUGAUGUUUUUAGUGGGGUCUCUAACUGGAAACGCAUGAUGAUUUUUAUAGUGACGAUAGUUUUACUAGUGGUGGUGCUGCUAUGGCCACUGCAGUGUGUUUUUAGCACAGGGAAUUUGCGCUGUGUGCCCACCAAUACCACCCCACUGUCCACCACCGUCAUCCCCUUCACGAGACAAGGAGGACUCGGGUAAAAGGGACCCACCCCCUCAGAACAGACCUGUCUCAUCAAAUAGGUUAUUGUUUUUCUUCUGUUCAUACUUAUAACAGUCAGUAAAGUGUCACAGUGUUAAAAUGUCUGGUUGCACUAAUAUGUUAUUGCUUUGUCUGGAAUGUUCCACAGUACAGCAUUAAUUGAUGAUUUUUCUUCACAGAGAGAAGCAGGUAAUGCCAUCAGGUCAAGGUUUUGUUUUGUUUUUUUUGUUUUUGUUUUUUGUUAGCAAUAAUACACCUGCAAUUAAAAAAUGAAAGAUAUUUUUAAUGCUUUACUGUGGAACAUUUCAGGCAAAGCAAUACCAUCUCCAUGGAGACAAACAGAUGAUGAUUUACAUUGAUUGAUAUUGAUAGUGUACCUUUAAUUUCUAAUCUCCACCAGAAAAGUUCCAUAGUACAGCUUUAACCAAACUAAAAUUAAAAUAUUCAAAAUAAGUCCAUCCUUCACUGACAGUCAGCAUAAUUUCAAAUGACUUUCAGCAUCGUAUUUCGUAUUAGAAAGCGUUUUUUGCAGCUCAGUUCAAAUGGGUUCAUUAUUGUGUCUCCAUGUCUGAAUUACAGACAAACAAAAACAACAAUUUAUCUCUUUUGUUCAUGUUGUAUCAAUGUUUUUUUAAACAGUUACUCAAAAUGCCAAAAAGUAUACAGUGUUUUUCCUUGAAAGCAUCAACCAUUCAGGUGAUGUGACUGGAAUGCCAACACCAAUGGACUUCUUGUACUUGAUUUAAUUCUAUUGUAAAGUGAUUCACCAUCGAGUAUCCAGAAUUUUCAAGGGCUCCUCUCUUUGUCUCUCCAUAUUGAGACAAAACCGCAGGCAUCUAUCGCAUACAUUUCUUGCACUUUAAUCAACAUCUGUGAUCUGUCAUGAUCUUGGCAAACAGACACAAGAACGAAGGAGUUUCGAGUGCCCUUUGUCGUGACAUUCACACGCUGACAUUUAUAGAUGAAUUUGCUUUGUGUGGUUACCAGGAAAUUCAUCAGAAAAAAAAAAAGCUGAUGUGCCAACUGGUCAACUAUUUAUAGUGUACACAGAUUUUUUUUUUAUGUCUUUGUUUACAG